UCAUCAUAAACUUCUUUUUAUAGCCAAGCUGAGCCUAAGCACGACAAAAUAUCGUAAUACGUCUUCAUUAGAAAGUUUAUUCAAUAUUUUGCCAGAAUUUGUCGUAAACCAACAGGUACAAACAGAGUCAAAUUUUCCUGUAACAUUCUCUGAAUGGCUUUCUUUGAUCUAACUUGAUGGAAAGUCAAGAUGGUCAUUUAAAGCGACUACAUUCAUUUAUAAAACUCCGAGCUCCCACCGAAAAGCAACUGUUUGGAAUCGCCAUGGGUGUUGGAGCAGUGGCUGGUGCGUGUGUGUAUUUACGUUAUAAUUAUCCGUCUUCCAAUCCUACAGACUGUACACUGUCCGAAAAAGACACCCCCGAUGACUUAAUACUGGAUCACAAGAGCACUGAAAAUUCAGAACUAUCUACGCGUCUAUAUUCUGCUGAUGUCAGCGGUAAACAACAUCACAUAUUCGCACCAUCACCCAUAUUACCAUCUUCCGUCGGGGAUCAUGAUACUGCACGGGACUUAUUAGAUAGUCAUUUGCCGGUUAAUCAUGCCGACAUUUAUGCGCAUACGAUAUUCCCCAGUAUGCACAAUAAUCUCGCCACGGCGUCGGCAGUAUGUAUCGGGGAAAAUGACGCAGCACUCGCGGCGAGUAUACCACUCAAGUUGGAGCAGGUAUUGUUUUCCUCUCCAAAUAUUGCCAUCCGUGAUGGUCAACACGUGCGGAAAGUUAUUCACAAUUUGAUAAACGAUGGAGAUCAUAGGCUGCAGAUUAUCACAGAUUUCGACUAUACUCUGACACGGUACGCGAAAAAUGGUGAUCCCUGUGAUACGACAUACCAAGUGGUAGAGCAAUCGGAAACAAUGCCUAAGGAAUACAGAGAAAUGACAGCCAAGCUCAGGAACAAAUACCUCCCUAUGCAGCAAAAUCCGGACUUAUCCCCGAAGGAACGAGAGGACGGCAUGCACAACUGGUUGACGAAAUCCCACGAGUUGAUGAAGCAGUACAAAGUGCGAGUGAAAGAUAUUCCCAAAUGCGUACAAAAUUCCAGCGCCACUCUACGUGCCAAAGUACCUAUAUUUUUAUCCAAGGUUGGCCUACGAAAAGUUCCGGUAACAAUAUUUUCGGCAGGUCUGUCAGCGGUUGUAAAAGAAAUACUAGAGCAUCAAGUCUGCUUGUCAGACAAUAUAACCGUAGUUGCGAACGAAUUUUCGCACAACGACGAGGGUUACGUAACUGAUUUUCGUGAACCAUUAGUUCAUGGGCUGAACAAAGCACUGAUCGUUUCUUCGAGAGCAGAAUAUUUUGCCCAGUAUAAAAGCCGGCACAACAUCAUUUUAAUCGGAGAUAGUCUUGCGGACGCGCAAAUGGCCGCUACGCUGCCGCAGACUCAAAAUUUGCUCAAGAUCGGCUUCCUUGUACAAGAUUUUGAUUUGGCCAUCGACCUGUACAAGGAGGUUUUUGAUAUUGUUAUCGUUGACCAGGAGAGCUUCGCUGUUGUGCAUGAUAUUGUGGAGUUCAUUCUUACUGCCCAAAAUCAGCUGUCGUCAACAUGGGAAUUAGAACGAUUGGAGCGAGCAAAAAGCUAUUCCAAGCUGUGGUAACUCAUCCCUCAGCUCCCAAAUUUGGGAAAAACCGUUGUUCUUGUGAUCAAAACAGAAUGUAUUAAAGCUGCUGCAGUCGUUUUUGCCCUAGAAAUGUGCGUUGAAAGCUGUUUCAGCUUUCGUGAAAUUAAUUUAUGCAACAGAGAUUCAGAUUUUUAUUUCUUAUCUUAUCGUGUAUGCAUCACUCUCGCGGCGCUUUGUUUAUUCGUUACGUCAGAAAUUUAUUUUAACGCGCGCUUUAUAACCUUAUUUUUUUCGAGAUCGUUAUUUUAAAUUAUGUUGUCACAAUGCAGAUUUAACGGCGACAUCAUGUUACCGUAGCGUUUCAGCCUUGCUCACAGUCGUUGAAUUACAUAUUAAAUGAAAUAAAAAUA